UGCAAGCGUUUCCUUCUGAAUGUACAACUCCCGAGCCAGUUGGCGAUACCUACGCAUCCGGGCCCAGUCCUUUUGAACCUCGUUUCUCCACUAGUGCAACCCCCAGCGGCGCGAAACCCUUACACAGAGCGCCGCAAUAUCUGUCGCUCCACGACGCUGCCUUGCCAACUCCGUCUCCUCUCUCCCUGGAUACUGCCCAGUCCUCCCACGAACUGGCAUCCCCUGUGGCCUUGCUUCCCCCUCGUUCCGUAAGGCUUGCACGUGUCGCAAAUGCCUUGCGCUCCCCAAUUAUGCGCGUUGAUUCUCCGGGCUACUUCAAUAUCUAAGUCUCCUGGACUGAUUAUCGCCACCGUAUUCAUCCGAACCUCUCCAUUCGAAGACAGAUCGCUGUUAGACCACGCAUGCACGAAUCCGUGUGUUUGCCCUCGCCUCAGAUUAUAGCACCACUGCCUCGUGCCAUCCUUGUCUUUGUCCCCAUUGCGUGGCUUCCCAUUGUAUCGAACGUAUCGAAUAAUAUGUAUAGUGUAGAACAGCAUGUCAUUGCAUAUGUGGCAUCAGUUCCGAGACGCGCUCCCAGACACCGAAUCUUAGACUGUCAAACCAACCAACCAAACAAACCUACUCCGCUCUUCUACCUCCCACCACUGUCGUCACCGUACAGGCUUGACAAGGCCCCGCACGUUGCGGCAUCCAACGCACUUGCCUCUAGGGUUCCCGCUGCCCUCAUUACGACCGCAUUUACCGCAACGACUAACGACCGGCGCACGAGUUAACACGAAGUUGUAGGAGAGCGAUUAUAGGAUGGGGAACGUCAUGUCCGCGAGAAAGACAGAUGUUACGGUGACUGUAGGCAGCAGGGUACGUUGCGUGCCUCGUGUACGACCUCUUUGGGGUGGUGUCGUCCG